AUGUUGGUCCAGUGUCUCUUAUCCGUCGUUCUGGUAUUCCAGGCGUCUCUGGCCUUACCCUACGGCCUGGAGCCGAGAAUCACCGACGGUGAGGAUGCUGUGCCGGGUGAAUUCCCUUACCAGGUGUCCGUUCAAUAUGGCUUGCCACCUAUCCUCCCGUUCAGCCAUAUCUGCGGUGGUUCGAUCCUAAAUGAAAAUCACGUUAUAACUGCUGCACACUGCAUUAUCAAUAGACUCGGCAAGCUUAGAGUAAUUGCUGGCAAGCAUGUCCUGCUUGAAACCGAAUCCACUGAGCAAGUAGUUGAUGUCGCGAAGUCUUACGUUCACGAAAAAUAUCCAGGAGGUGUUGCUCCAUACGAUAUUGCUGUUCUGAAACUGAGCACUCAUCUCAUUUUCAACGAGAGAGUGUCCGCUGUCAAUCUACCUCAACAAAAUGAGGUGCGAAUUGGAAACGUUGUGUUGUCCGGAUGGGGUUCGACUUCCAAGAAUUUGCUCCCAACGUUUCCUAAGGUUCUUCAAAAAGCCACCAUUCCCCUACUGGACAAUCAAUCCUGUCUGAAAAAGUUGGAAAAAGUCGGCUUUUUGCAACUCUAUGAUUCGCAAAUCUGCACUGACGCUGUCAAAGAAACAUCUGCCUGCUUCAAAGACUCUGGUAGUCCACUGGUUCAAUUUGACGAUAACAAUUCUACUCAGCUUGGUAUUGUGUCAUGGGUUGUUUAUCCGUGCGGUGUCAGCGGUUCUCCUUCCGUCUACACUCGCGUAUCUUCCUACGUUGAUUGGAUUAAGCACAUCGUUAAUGCAUAAUUACUCACAUUAGGCAUUUUACCAUUUUACGGCAAUCAGCAUAUUUAUUGAAAUUGUUUUCUGGAGUAUUAUUCUAUGCGUUGUUCGUGUACAUUGAAAUAUCCAUAUUACGAAAUCAUGGAAAAAUUGCUAAUAACUGAAAGUGACCAACAAGUAUUACAACAAUAAUGUAUCUUAUGUAAUGUAGAACAAAAGAAUUAAAAAUAAAAAGAAUUAUAUAUUG